AUGCGCCGCUGCCAUGUGUUUCCGCCGGCCGGAGCCCGGUGCUGCACACUCCAGACUCGGGGAGGCCUCCGUCCAGGCCACGCAGCAGAUGCCGAGCUCAAACACACCCACGGUGCCAGGCUAGGAAGGAAACCGCUCCUUUCUCUUUCCAUAAUCUCCUUGGUUCUCACCCAAGCCAGGGCACCGGCCAGCCACCAGGGGGCAGUGUCCACCACGGUUACCCGUGGGAGUGAGGAGAACACUUCCCAGGCCACCCAUGGUCAUAGUCCAUCUGCUGUGCUUGCCUGGCCCCGAGGUGUCCACACCACGUCUGUGCAUGGCCGUGGCCUGCCUGGUCCUGACGUGUCCACGCGGUGGACAGCUCUCAUGUCCUCCCUAUGGAAGACGGUCCUGGUGCUGUGGUUGCUGUCCAGCUCCGCCCUGACCCCCGCACGGGGCCAGGCCAAGAUUCCUCUGGAAACGGUGAAGCUGUGGGCUGACACCUUCGGCGAGGACCUGUACCGCACAGUGACUAAAUACUCCGGCUCCCUCCUGUUGCAGAAGCAAUACCGGGACGCAGAGCGCAGCCUGAAGAUCCAGGAGGUGGACGGUCUGGAGCUAGUGAAGAAGUUCUCCAGAGACAUGGAGGCCAUGCUGCGGAGGAAAGUGGAGGCCGUGCAGAGUCUGGUGGAGGCUGCGGAGGAAGCUGACCUGAACCACGAGUUCAAUGCGUCCCUGGUGUUUGACUACUACAACUCGGUCCUGAUCAACGAGAGAGACGAGAAAGGCAACUUCGUGGAGCUGGGCGCCGAGUUUGUCCUCGAGUCCAACGCUCACUUCAGCAACCUCAGGGUGAACACCUCGGUCAGCAGCGUGCAGCUGCCCACCAACGUGUACAACAAAGACCCGGACAUCCUGAACGGAGUCUACAUGUCGGAGGCCCUGAACCCCGUGUUCGUGGAGAACUUCCAGAGGGACCCCACACUCACCUGGCAGUACUUCGGCAGUGCCACAGGGUUCUUCCGGAUCUACCCGGGUAUAAAAUGGACGCCUGAUGAGAACGGAGUCAUUGCCUUCGACUGCCGGAACCGAGGCUGGUACAUACAGGCGGCCACCUCCCCCAAGGACCUGGUGGUGCUGGUGGACGUGAGCGGCAGCAUGAAGGGGCUGAGGCUGGCCAUUGCCAAGCACACGGUCACCACCAUCCUGGACACGCUGGGCGAGAAUGACUUCCUCAACAUCAUCGCGGUGACUGCUGGCUCUGGCUCCCUCGUCCAGGCCGACCGGGACAAUCGUGAGCACUUCAAGCAGCUGGUGGACGAGCUCAUGGUGAAGGGUGUGGGAGUCGUGAGCCAGGCCCUGACCGAAGCCUUCCAGAUCCUGAAGCAGUCCCGGGAGGCCGGGCGGGGCAGCCUCUGUAACCAGGCUGUCAUGCUCAUCACCGACGGCGCCGUGGAGGACUACGAGCCGGUGCUGGAGACGUACAACGUGCCCGACCGCAAGGUCCGGGUUUUCACGUACCUCAUUGGCAGAGAGGUGACCUUUGCGGAUCGUAUGAAGAGGAUCGCCUGCAACAACAAAGGCUACUACACCCAGAUCUCCACGCUGGCCGACGCCCAGGAGAGUGUCAUGGAGUACCUGCACGUGCUCAGCCGCCCCAUGGUCAUCAACCACGACCACGAUGUCAUCUGGACGGAGGCCUACAUGGACAGCAAGCUCUUCACCUCGAAGGCACAGAGCCUGACCCUCCUGACCACGGUGGCCAUGCCAGUCUUCAGCAAAAAGAACGAGACCCGGGCCCACGGCAUCCUGCUGGGCGUGGUGGGCUGCGAUGUGACCCUGCGGGAGCUCAUGAAGCUGGCGCCCCGCUACAAGCUCGGGGUGCACGGCUACGCCUUCCUGAACACUAACAACGGGUACAUCCUCUCGCACCCGGACCUCCGGCCCCUGUACAGGGAGGGGAAGAAGCUGAAGCCCAAGCCCAACUACAACAGCGUGGACCUCUCCGAGGUGGAGUGGGAAGACCAGGCCGAAGCCCUGCGGACCGCCAUGAUCAACCGGGAGACGGGCUCUCUGAACAUGAGCGUGCAGGUCCCGCUGGACAGAGGGAAGCACAUCCUCUUCCUGACCAACGACUACUUCUUCACAGACAUCAAGGAGACCCCUUUCAGCUUGGGUGUGGUUCUGACCCGGGGCCACGGGGAGUACAUCCUUCUGGGAAACACGUCGGUGGAGGAAGGUGACGAGGAGCUGGUGCGGGAGGUUCUGUUCGAUGCGGUGGUGACGGCGCCCUUGGAGGCCUACUGGACGGCGCUGGCGCUCAACAUCUCCGACGAGGAGGGGCCCGGCGUGGACGUGGCCUUCCUGGGCACCAGGGCCGGACUCCUCCGAAGAAGCUCCUUCGUGGGCUCGGAGAAGAUCUCUGACAGGAAGUUCCUGACGCCCCAGGACGAGGCCAGCGUGUUCACGGCCGACCACUUCCCCCUGUGGUACCGCCUGGCCUCGGAGCAGCCCGCGGGCAGCUUUGUCUACAGUCUCCACUGGGCCGAAGGACCAGAGAGUCCGGGGGACCCAGUGGCAGUGACGGCCAGCACGGCUGUGGCGGUGACCGUGGACCGGCGGACGGCCAUUGCGGCAGCCGUGGGCAUCCAGAUGCAGGUGGACCUCCUCCGGAGCCUGUUCGGGAAGGCCACACAACAGUGCGGCGCUGUGGACCGACCCUGCCCGGAGAGCUGCGAGGACGGCGGUCUGGACUGCUACGUCAUCGACAACAACGCCUUCAUCCUGGUGUCCCCGAGGCCUCACGAGGUGAGCCAUGGGCCGGGCGUGGUGCCCACAGCCCCGACAGAGCCCGGGGGCGUGGGGGUGACCAUGUACGACUACCAGGCCAUGUGCAAGGCCCCGGCCCAGCGGCCCAGCGCCGCCCAUCCGCUGGCCAGCCCGCUCUCCGCCUGCCUCGCCCUGGCUCGCUGGCUGCUGCAUGAGCUGCUGCUGUCCCUGCUGGAGUGGAGCUCCUGGGGCUCCUGGCUGGACAGAGGGGCGGAGGCCAAAGCCGUCUUCCAUCACAACGCCUCGGUCAAGUGUGAGCGCAUGCGCUCCCAGAAGCCCCGGCGGCGCCCGGACGCCUGCCAUGCCUUCCACCCCGAGGAGAACGCGCAGGACUGUGGAGGCGCCUCGCACACCCGGCCCUCACUCCCGCUGCUCCUGCUCACCACGUGGGGAUGGCUGCCGGCGCCCCGGCUGCUGUGA